AUGCCUAGGUUCUAUGUCGUUUUGCCGGUGUCGAUGGGGAUGAAUCGCAUGCGCAUGCGGGGAAGAUAUCCGCAUACCCCGGUGUCCACACAGCGCAUUCAGUCGGGAUGUCAUUAUAUGUGGACAAGCAACGGUUUCGAAGAACUUGAAGCCGUUAUGGUAGGAUAUAAACUUGCUGCGCGAACAAAGGAUUCCGCCAGUUGCCGUAACUUAAUUCUGGGCUGUUCGUUCCAGACAGCGCCACCGCGCGUAGUUGGGCUCAAGGUCGUCGCCCUCCAGCAAGCAACCGCCAUCACUUCUCGUAAACACCCCGCGUUUGUGUUUAUAGAGUUCGCCACCGAAGCGAUCAACCAGGCAUUUGCUACGGUCCGAUGGAGCAAAGUCAGCCCGCAAUUCCAAAGUCGAAAUCUCUGA